AUGGCUCUACCCUUGUUCACACUUCUAGCACUCACACUCUUCUUCUCCUCACUAGCAACCACCUCAACUUCCUCCUCCCUAAUCUCUGACUUCCACACCCUAAUCACCCUCAAACGAGGCUUCCGCUAUCCGAGCCCGGCCCUCGACACUUGGAACUCGUCCGACCCAACCUCCGUCUGCUCGUGGGCCCGCGUCAAAUGCCUCCACGCCCGCGUGACAACCCUCGACUUAUCAAACCUUUCCCUCUACGGCACAAUCUCUCCCGAAAUCUCGGCCCUAGACGAACUCGUCGAGCUCUACAUCGACGGCAACAACUUCACGGGCCCCAUAAAGCUCGACAACUUAACCUCCCUCCGUUUUCUCAACAUCUCAAACAACCAACUCAACGGCAGCCUCGACUGGGACUUCAACACCCUCCCGAGCUUAGAGUCCCUCGACGCCUACAACAACAACUUCUCGGCCCAGUUACCCAACGGCCUUUCGGGCCCAACGGGCCUCAGGCACCUCGAGCUAGGAGGGAACUAUUUUUACGGGCAUAUACCGUCGAGCUACGGGGAUUUACCAGCCCUCGAGUACCUUUCCCUAUCGGGAAACGAUCUAGACGGUAAAAUCCCGAGAGAAUUAGGCAAUCUCACUAGCCUGAGAGAGAUUUAUUUGGGUUACUACAAUGUUUAUCAAGGCGGGAUACCGAGCGAGCUCGGGAGGCUCGCGAAUUUAGUCCACUUGGAUUUAUCGAACUGCGAGCUGGACGGCCCGAUUCCUCCGGAGCUCGGGAGCUUGAAAAUGCUCGACACUCUGUUUCUGCACGUGAACCGGCUGACCGGGCCAAUACCGAGGGAGCUGGGCAACUUGACGGGCCUUGUGAAUCUCGACCUCUCUUUGAAUUCUCUGACUGGAGAAAUCCCGCGCGAGCUCGUCGGGCUUCAGAGGAUCGGGCUGCUCAACCUGUUCAUCAACAGGCUGCACGGGCCCAUCCCGGAUUUUUUUGCGGGCUUUCGCGAGCUCAACACGCUUUCUCUGUGGAUGAACAACUUCACGGGCGAGAUCCCGGGCAGUCUCGGGCUUGAACAGGGGAAGCUCCAGAUUCUCGACUUGUCGACCAACAAGCUCACCGGUACAAUCCCGCGCCACCUGUGUGCUUCUAACCGGCUUAAAAUACUAAUCCUCCGGAAAAAUUUCCUCUUCGGCUCGAUACCGGAGGAUUUAGGCACGUGCACGAGCCUGGUUAGGGUUAGGUUGGGACAGAACUACUUAAACGGUACUAUCCCGGCCGGCCUCAUCUACCUUCCGGAGCUUAAUUUCCUCGAACUGCAUAACAAUAUGCUUUCCGGGCCCUUAUCCGAAAACAACAAGAGCUCGUGGAAUGGGACUAAAUUAGCCGAAAUGAAUUUAUCCAACAAUCGUCUAUCCGGGCCAUUGCCUUUCUCCUUAUCGAAUUUUACUUCUCUCCAAAUCCUUCUGCUAGGCGGGAACAACUUCUCGGGUCCCGUCCCUCCCUCGGUCGGCGGGCUCCGCCAGGCAGUGACGCUCGAUUUCAGCCGGAACUCGUUGACCGGUCAAAUCCCCUACGAAAUCGGGGCGUGCGCGCACCUCAACUACCUCGACCUCAGCCAGAACAACCUCUCCGGACCCGUCCCACAGCAAAUAUCGAACAUCCGAAUCUUAAACUACUUAAACCUGUCGAGAAACCACCUGAACGAGUCCAUUCCGCAGUCCAUUGCUCUGAUGAAGAGCCUCACGACAGCGGACUUCUCGUACAACGACUUCUCCGGGAAACUGCCCGAGUUGUCCGUCUUCAACGCGACUUCUUUUCUGGGCAACCCGCGACUAUGCGGGCCCUUGGUCGACAGCCCGUGCAACCUCACGAGAUGGGGAAGCGGGCCCGGGAGGCCGUCCCACGGCCCGUUCAAGCUCGUCUUCGCCCUCGGCCUGCUGUUGUGCUCGUUGGUGUUCGCAACUGCAGCCAUAGCCAAGGCCAAGUCGUUCAAGAAAAGCGGGGCCCACUCGUGGAAGAUGACCGCGUUCCAGAAGCUCGACUUCUCGGUCUCGGACGUCCUCGAGUGCGUCAAGGACGGGAACGUGAUCGGCCGUGGUGGGGCCGGGAUUGUUUACCAUGGCAAAAUGCAGAAUGGGGUUGAGAUUGCAGUUAAAAAAUUACUGGGCCUGAAUGGGGCGAACAGCGUGCACGAUCACGGGUUCAAGGCCGAGAUUCGGACAUUGGGCAACAUAAGGCAUAGGAAUAUAGUGAGAUUGCUCGCGUUCUGCACGAACAGGGACACGAACUUGCUAGUGUACGAGUACAUGAGGAACGGGAGCUUGGGGGAGGCUCUGCACGGGAAGAAAGGCGGGUUUUUGAGCUGGGGCUUGAGGUACAAGAUUGCAUUGGAUGCAGCUAGAGGGCUGUGCUACUUGCACCACGACUGCUCGCCUCUGAUAGUGCACAGGGACGUGAAGUCGAACAAUAUAUUGUUGAGCGAGGGGUUCGAGGCCCAUGUGGCAGAUUUCGGGCUGGCUAAGUUCUUGGUCGACGGUGGGGCCUCCCAGUGCAUGUCAGCUAUUGCGGGUUCUUAUGGAUAUAUUGCUCCAGAAUACGCGUACACGCUGCGUGUGGACGAGAAAAGCGACGUGUACAGCUUCGGGGUGGUCCUCCUGGAGCUCGUCGCCGGGCGCCGCACCGUGGGCGGCGAGUUCGGGGAGGGCGUGGACAUCGUCCAGUGGGCCAGGUGCUCGACGGACGGGCGGCGGGAGCAGGUCGCCGCCGUGCUUGACCCGAGGCUGGCGGUCGUGCCGAGGGACGAGGCGAUGCACCUGUUCUUCGUGGCCAUGCUCUGCGUCCAAGAGAACAGCGUCGAGCGCCCGACUAUGCGGGAGGUGGUGCAGAUGCUGUCGGAGUUCCCCCGCCGCCGCUCGCCGGAGCCUCAAUCCGGGUCGUCCAGCCGCUAG